CGUCAGUUAACGCCAGCUGCACACUCCCGUAACAAAAAAGAUGGCAUCUGUUUCUAUCCCCACAUCCACCAGUGCCCUUUUGCUGGACAUCGAAGGAACCACCACACCAAUAACGUUUGUUGAGGAUAUAUUGUUUCCCUACAUCAGGGAGCAUCUUGAGGAUUGCCUGUCCAUUCACUGGGAGGAAGAUGAGUGCAAACAAGAUGUUCAUCUCCCGAAGAAACAGAUUGAGGAGGACAUGAGGCAGAACCGGGCGUGUCCUGUCCACACCGUGGACCAAACGGUCCACACAGAUGAGGAGAAGGCCAUCCGGGAGGUCGUGGAGAGUGUGCUGUGGCAGAUGGCUGCAGACAGGAAGUCCACAGCACUCAAACAGCUGCAGGGUCACAUGUGGAGGGCAGCUUAUACUUCUGGAAGAAUCAAAGGCGAGUAAAUACAUUGGUCAUUUUCCUCGCUAUUAAAC